ACUUUUUUAUUCAAACCAAAAACGAAGAGGGAGAGACGAUGCUUCAUUCGGCGACUUAGUGCGGUCAGGAGUCGAUUGUCAAGUCAUUGUUGACCCUCGAUAUCGAUGUCGACUUGAAAAAUUCCACAGGGCAGACGGCGUUACACAUGACUGUACCAAGAGAAAACGAAGAACUCGUUCGUCUGCUGCUCCGCCAUAACGCCUCUCCAGGGAGCACAGACGAUUCCGGAAGCACGCCACUACUCUAUGCUGUUAUGUACACUGCGAAUGAUCUUGCGUUGGCCACAAUAUUGCUCGAAUACGAAACAACCACCGACGCCCAAAGCGAAGAAGAAUCCACGGUACCUCAUCAUACUACUGAUAUCGUGGACGGAGCAGGGUUCACUGCGCUUCAUCGAUCCGUCCUGAUUGACAGCACAGAGCUUAUUAGCCUCCUUAUCGCAAAAAAGGCCAACCUCGACGUCAAAACCGAGAAUGGGCGUACGGCGCUACAACUAGCUGUUUUGCGCGAGAACCAGGGAAUCACUGAGCUACUUGUCAAUUCUGGCGCCACCAGACGUGCAAGAUGCAGACGGUUGUACAGCCCUCCACCAUGCGCUACAGAGUUUUCCCGGUAACAGUAGGAUCAUUAGCUUCCUGAUUGACAACAAGGCCAAGGUAGAUAUACAAAACAAUGAUGACCUUACACCACUACAUAUCGCAU